AUGAGUGACGUCCGCGAGGUCCAGGUCCAUUACUCAUUACUAGUUGGGAAUUCAGCUGGUCCAUCCGUGCCACGAACACCUCAGCCCAUCUCCCUCGAGGAUGUUUUGCUUCGCGAGGGAUCCAUUCCAGAGUUCUUAAUGUCAUCUGUCGUCUGUCCUCCUCAUUAUACGACCAGCCCAUCGAUGCUUUGUGUUGUGGAACGCCUUGAUGGUGAACUGUUUAUUUACAAAAAAGGCUGGGAGGCCAUCUAUACAAUUGCCGUAUACGCCACUGGUUCAAGUAGUGUAAGUAUAGAAUAA